AUGCGGUUCGCUUCAACUCCCAAGUGGUACCACGUUUAUUUCAUUGAUAAUGGACCUGAAGACUCUGGGACUCCUCAAAAUCAAAUAGGAAAUUCGCAGCGGGCGAUCGCAGGCGUGAAGGUACCAUAUUCCAGUGGCUGUAUAAGGCACGGGCCAGACCCGGCGACGCCGGACCCCAGGGCCCGCAUACCGGGCCGCAAUAGAUCCCGCGACCCGCCGUUUCCCACCGGCCAACUC